AUGGCACUCAAUCGCAACAAAUCCCGUGGUCGAGGGCACCUUGUCAUCGACGACUACGACUCUAACAAUGGACCUUCAAGCAAUGUCAUCGACGACGGACGCGUUGAAGUCCAGUUCCACGACAAUCCUCAAGCUCUGGCUGUUUGGUGUCAGCAUUUCAAAGAAUCGUUCGCAGACGACGCGUCAUCUUCUGAGCGACUACAACCUCCCGAACCUCGGCGAACAAAUAGUGUUGCAUUUGUUCCAGGUGUAGAGAAACCAGCUGAGAGUCCACGCCUCCAUAUCGCAAUACAUAUCGUGGGAUCCCGUGGUGACGUUCAGCCAUUUAUACCAAUUGCGCAGCUACUUAUGAAACCACCCUACGGCCACCGAGUACGAAUAUGCACGCAUGCCGCUUUCAAAGAGUUUGUUGAAGCCCAAGGUGUCGAGUUCUUCAACAUUGGCGGUGAUCCCGAGGCUCUCAUGGCAUACAUGGUAAAGAACCCGGGUUUGUUACCAAAUCGCGACAGCCUUAAAGGAGGAGAGGUCGGUAAGAGACGAAAGGAGAUGGCUGAAAUUAUUUCCGGUACCUGGAGAAGCUGCAUCGAAGCUGGUGAUGGAAUGGGGGAGCCCAUAAAAGCUGCUAAUGUAGAGUCCACUGAUGAUCUAUUCCUGGCUGAUGUUAUUAUUGCCAACCCUCCAUCCAUGGGUCACAUACACUGCGCUCAGAAACUCAGCAUCCCUCUGCAUAUGGUCUUCACAAUGCCGUGGUCACCAACCAAAUCAUUUCCCCAUCCACUUGCUUCAAUGAGCUAUGGCGAUGCGGAUGCCAAGGUCGCCAAUUAUCUGUCCUUCAUGAUGAUGGAAUUGCUAACGUGGCAAGGCCCGCUCUGGGGCUUUCAGCUUAUAUCCAGGCUUCGUAUUCCAUUCAGUUAUCUCUGGUCAGAGACCUUGAUACCAAAACCGUCUGACUGGGACAGCCAUCUCAAUAUUACAGGCUUCUCAUUCCUGCCACUUGCCAGCUCUUACACGCCUCCCCCGGACCUUGUAAGCUUCCUCGACAACGGAUCAACGCCGAUUUAUAUCGGGUUCGGAUCCAUCGUCGUAGACAACCCCCAAGCACUUACGACUAUGAUUUUUGAAGCUAUAAAGAUUGCCGGCGUUCGGGCCAUUCUUUCAAAAGGAUGGGGAGGUGUUGGUACUGGAGAUGUUCCCGAUAGCGUUUAUCUCAUUGGAAACUGUCCUCACGACUGGCUCUUCCAGCGUGUUGCAGCUGUUGUCCACCAUGGCGGUGCUGGCACAACCGCUGCCGGAAUAGCGGCUGGUCGGCCGACUGUCAUUGUUCCAUUCUUUGGGGAUCAGCCCUUCUGGGGUCAAAUGAUGGCGCGUGCAGGUGCUGGACCAGUGGCGGUUCCAUACAAAGAUCUUACAGCAGAGAUACUGGCCGAGAGUAUCACGUUUGCACUUCAACCAGGUGUCAUGGCGGUGGCAAAAGAUAUGGCAUUGCAGAUUGGGGAAGAGGAUGGCUCGGGCGGUGCAGCUAUGGAUAUACAGGACCGCCUGGACAUUGAUAGCCUUCGUUGCGACUUGAGUCCCGGAAGACUUGCAAGCUGGCUCCAUCGCAAAACAGGGGCUCAUCUGAGCGGGUUUGCCGUCGGCUGUCUCAGGGAUCAUGGGUUGAUUGAGAUGUCAGACCUCAAGCUGCUCCGAUACAAACACUGGUAUGUAGACGAAGGAGCUGAGUCCCCUAUCAUCGGUGCCAUAGCUGCUGUGUCAGGCUUUGCGGCAGCCAUUGGCACCGCAACGUCCGAUUAUACUCAACGCUUGAGAAACUCCCCACACUCCAAGUCGACAAGGCGUCAUAGCAGCAUAGGACUACAAAGGGUCCCAAAGACGGAAGACGGUACCAAUGAUGCCUAUUUGCGGUCUCAGAAAGGACCACGAGAUGUAACCCAAGCAGACAUGGAAGCGCUCGCUCAGAAGAUGGCGAGCAAGACACUUUACGGUGCCGAACCGGCUUUCUCAGCAGCGCGAUUGUGCCGCCCAGUCAGUGAGGCUCGUCAAGGGCGCAAGAACUCAUGGAAAGCUCGCGAGAGCGGCAGAAACGGACGCGUCUUUUAUGUUACGCGAGUGACAGGCAAAUAUGCUUGUGACCUUGCGGCGGCAACCGCCAGAGCACCCGUUGCUUUAUUCUACAAUGUCGCCAACGGCUUUCAUAAUGCACCGUCAAAUGUCUUUGAUGUUGAUGUUCGCCGCCGAGAUGAAAUCACGGGGCUGGGGAGCGGUGUCAAAACGGCGGGGAAGGAGUUCUGUUACGGAAUCUGGGAUGCCUUUAGUGGCAUAGUUAUGAAGCCAUACGAAGACACCAAGAAUAUGGGCGCCAAGGGCCUCGGGAGGGGUCUGCUGAGAGGCGGACUUGGAAUAAUAGGCAACCUGGGCUCGGCAUGUUUCGGACUCCCAGGAUAUGCCUUGAAAGGGCUAGAGAAGGAGCUAAUGAAGCGUCAUAUGACAAGCUUGAAGGCUGAGAUUUUACUAAUUAGGCUUCGGCAAGCUUACUACAAGGGACUGGCUUUUAAAUAG